UCGGGCAUUUGUAGAUCAGUUUCCAAUCAGCGGUGAAGGAGGGUUGCUCGUGGGGUGUUGUUCUUGUGGGGGGACCCAUGGACGGAGAAGAGCGGACGGCCUCUGACGGAGCCUCCAUAGGCAUCGACCUCGGAACGUCUUAUUGCUGCGUCGCGGUGAGAAGAUGCGGGCGAGUGGAGAUCCUCAGUGAUUUCGACGACGGCUUGAGACUUGUUCCGUCCUACGUGGCAAUCACCGACAAUGGGAGAGAAGUGGGGCAGAAGGCGAGGUCUUGCGCUGCGGAUACGCCACAGAGUGUCUUCUACGAAGUCAAGAGGCUGAUCGGCAAGAAGCUCAAGGACGAAAGCGUGCAGCAGGACAAGCAGAUCUGGCCCUUCAGCGUUGUCGAAGGGCCGCAUGGUUGCGCAGCACUGAAGAUCCCGACGGAGGGAGACGGCGAGGUAAGGCAGAUGGUGCCAGAGCAGCUGUCUUCCAUGCUGCUGUCGAAGCUCAAGGCGAUGGCGGAAGACUAUCUUGGAACGACGAAGGUCACGAAGGCCGUGAUCACUGUGCCGGCGUAUUUCAACGACGCUCAACGGGCGGCGACGAUGGAUGCUGGUCGCAUCGCCGGACUGAACGUCCUCAGGCUCAUGAACGAGCCUACAGCUGCAGCAUUGGCGUACUGCGAGCAGAAACUACUACGCCCGCAGAAGGUGCAAGAAGGGGGAUGUCUGGACAUCGUUCCCAGAUCGGCGSCCRUGGCUGCUGCACCUCCGCCGGCGAACGUYCACAAGGAAGGCGACAAAGUGGUGGUCUUCGACCUUGGAGGUGGUACGUUCGACGUCGCCGUAAUAYCUGUGAGUGAAACUCAGAACAAAGUGCUUGCUCUUCAGGGAGAUAGCCAUCUCGGCGGCGCGGACUUCGACAGCAGGCUGAUGAGGCACGUGAUCGAGAAGCUGGCAAAGAAGCAGAACAGGCCUACCUCCAGCUAYACGUCCGAUGCAGCACAUCUAGCGGCGCUGAGGGAGAAGUGUAUACUGGCCAAGCAUGACCUGUCAAGACAGGAAUGCCCUGUCACGUACGUGGAGGCUGCCAACGACCGUGUACCGGUUACUCGUGUCGAGUUUGAGACGAUCAACGAGGACUUGUUCUCUAGGUGUAURSUUCUGGUGAAGCAAGCGUUGCAAGACGCUGAUCUGAGAACAAGCGACGUGUCGGGGGUCCUCUUGGUCGGCGGGUCUUCGAGGAUUCCAAAGRUCCAGCAGGAGUUGAAGGCUCUUUUCGACGGCAAGGAUCCGAUCCAGUGCAUGCAUCCUGACGAGGCGGUGGCGUACGGAGCAGCGGUUCUAGCGGASAUGCUGGGCGGCGACAUGUGUGUGGACUUCGCCAACCUCUCGGUCACAGACGUGACCCCCUUGACUCUGGGUAUCGACGUCUAUCCGGGGUAUAUUGCACCCCUUAUACCGAAGAACUCAGAGAUACCCGCMGAAGGCAGUGGGCUUUUCAUCACUGCAGAAGACAAUCAGACCGCCAUGGACGUCAACAUAUACCAGGGAGAGAGAAGUCGACCACAAGAUAACCAUUUCCUUGGCAGGCUCACAAUCGACGGUUUCCAGMGUGUGAAGGCCGGAGACGCUCAUGCACGGGUCGUUCUGCGAGUUGAUGAAGACGGCAUACUGCACUUGUCCGCCGAGGCAAUGGAGAAUCACACUGUUCAGGGAAAGACAGAGUACACGACCAUCACAGACAAGGGACGGUUGUCGAGGACGGACGUAGAGAAGAUGGCACAAGAUGGUGAAAGAUUCAGAGGAGCAGACGAGGACUUCAAGCGGAAGUGUGGAGUUUGGAGUGCGUUGGAAUCUCGUGCUAAGAAAGCUAGAGACGUAGUUUCAACGCACCUUCCCUCUCGAGUCAGGGAGGGGGUGGAGGCGGCGGCUGAGCAGGCCCUGACCUGGCUGGCUCAGUCGCCAGUGGCCUCGUGCACACUCAGAGAGCUGCAGGACAAGUGGGCGCGUCUGUUGACCGCGUGUGAUGCCGCCGGGAUUAACUUCAAUGUGCCAGUCGCUGAUUCAAAAUAAACCAACUCUUUGGUUUCUUGUAACGAUGGAUGAUUAGAGGAACACUGUGUGUGUCAAAGAGCAUAAUUGACACAGCAA